AUGACAAGCCCAACCUCUUCAUCCGAUCCAACCACAUUACAUAAUCCAUAUUUUGACAUCAAACCCGGUCAAAAAGAUAUUUGGACCCUUAUCAAUGAAACUGCCGCCCAAGCCCAAGCAGAAUCAGGUAAACCAUUGGCAAAUUUAGGUCAAGGGUUUUUUUCAUACAAUCCACCUGAUUUUGCAAUUGAUGCUAUUAAAGAUGCGAUUUCAAGUCCACAAUUCAAUCAAUAUGCGCCAGCUAGAGGAAAUCCCAAUUUAUUGAAACAAGUUGCUGACCAUUAUUCGAGAUCAUAUGGACGUGAGGUUGAUAUUAGUGAGGUACAAAUCACCACUGGGGCUAAUGAAGGGAUGUUUUCUAUCUUUUUUGGAUUUUUGACAAAGGGAGAUGAAGUUGUUGUUUUUGAACCAUUUUUUGAUCAAUAUAUUUCAAAUAUUGAAAUGACUGGUGCUAGUAUUAAAUACGUGGGGAUUAAUUAUCCUAAGAAAUUUGAUAAUGAAACUGUCACUGGUGAUGAUUGGACUAUUGAUUGGGAAGGUUUAGAAGAUGCAAUUACUGAAAGAACUAAAUUAAUUGUUAUCAAUACUCCCCAUAAUCCAAUUGGGAAAGUUUUCACUGAAGAUGAAUUGAUUAGAAUUGGAAAAAUCGCAAUCAAACAUAAUUUAAUCUUAGUCAGUGAUGAAGUUUAUGAAAACUUGUAUUAUCAAGAUAAAUUCCCUCGUCCAGCUGCAUUGAAACAAUUACCUGAAUUAGCUCAAAGAACACUCACUGUUGGCUCGGCAGGAAAAUCAUUUGCUGCAACUGGUUGGAGAGUUGGAUUUAUCCAAGGUCCCGCCAAUUUGAUCAAAUUCGUAACGGCGGCACAUACUCGAAUUUGUUUCUCUUCUCCAGCUCCAUUACAACAAGCUGUUGCCCAAGGUUUUGCUCAAGCUGAUAAAUUGAAUUAUUUUGAAUUGACAAGACAACAAUACAUUAAGAAAUAUGAAUUAUUUACAAAAGUAUUUGAUGAAUUAGGAUUACCAUAUACUGUUGCUCAAGGAGGAUAUUUCUUAUUGGUUAAUUUACUGAAGGUUAAGAUCCCAGAAGAUUAUGAAUUCCCACAUGAUAUUGCCGUUAGAGGAACUUUAGAUUUUAAAUUGGCAUAUUGGUUAAUUAGAGAGAUUGGAGUAGUUGGUAUUCCACCAACUGAAUUCAUUACUGAAGGGAAUAGAAAAGGAAAUGGAUUGGAGAAUUGUUUAAGAUUUGCUGUUUGUAAAGAUGAUACAAUUUUACAAGAUGCUAUUGAAAAAUUAAGAAAAUUAAAAGAUUACUUAUAG